AUGAGUGAGAAGAGGAAUUAUACGGGACGUCUGGAUAUGGAUGUCGUUAGGGGUACUAGGGGCCCCCCUCUACCCGAAGAACAAUCCGGGUAUUAUUCAACCGAACGAGUAAGAAGUUCGGGUUAUUUACUGCAACAAAGGCAGGAACAUUUGGAUUAUACUGCAGAAUGGGUAAACAGAGUCGAAUUGCCAGAGAGAGCCCAUUCUACUUGCCCAGUCAAGAUUACCGAGCCUAUUGUGGGAGAAACCCGGCAGAGGGUAACUCGAUCUGCCCCUGCACUUAGCAUCAGGUCAGGAGUGUUGAACAGGUCCACUAUUGUCAGAACUAAACUCGAACUAGAGUUGAAGCAUUUAAAGGAAAAACAGAGACUAGAUCAGGAACAGAGAGAGUUACACUUAGAAACGCAAAGACACGAAAUGGAACAACAGAAGAAGCUAGCUGAGCUGGAAGAAAGGUGCAGAUUGCAUGAAUUAGAGGUAAGAUUGGCAGAAGCACAAAUGCAAGAACAGCUAGAACAUGAUGAGGAUGAUCCAGAUUCAAGGUCAAAUCGAGGUGAUGAUUAUCCAGAAAGAUUGGAUCACUUGGAGGAACAGGUUGAUCAUCCUAUAGCUGCUAGUGGUGUGAACAACAACAUUGAAACCUCUACGAGAGACACCACAGAUAUCCCAAGAGUCACAUUAGCUAAUCAAACAAGUUUGGAGACCCACAAUUCACCAUCAGCACAGUUACCAGAGACUACCCGAAAUGGCGAGAUUCCACCACAGCCGAGUCGAAUGCAACCAUUUCCAAACCACCCCCAGUGUAGUCCACCAUAUGCAAGAAGACCGCCACGGGACGGUGACCAGCAACCGUCAUCCCAUGAUCGCCUACCAUUGGAACCAAACCCACAAUCAGGGCAAUCACUUGGUUGUUAUCGUGAACAAUCACUCAAUAUACAAGGGCGGCAACCCCCCGUGUUUGUUCCCCGGUAUCUCAGUGGUCAACACAACCCACAACAUUUGGGGACCUAUAUCACCAAUAAUGUAUCAUUACCAGAACCCGAUACCACUGCCCAGCAGAUAUUUGAGCAUCAACAACAAGCCCUCAAUUUGAUGGCAAGCACAAUUGGAACUACCAUAAGCAAGGGAUUCGAAAUGCCACGAAGAGAGUAUAUGACCUUUGAUGGCAACCCGUUGACCUAUCCCAGCUUCAUGGAGAAUUUCAAAACUAAUGUAGAAGACAUUGAGCCCAGCCCUAAUGCUAGACGUAACUUCCUGAUACAACUAUGCAGUGGAAAGGCGAAGGAAGCUAUAAGUGGAACAGUAAUGUUACCUGCAGAGGAAGGUUAUAUUAAAGCCAAGUCUAUCUUACAUGAGAUGUUUGGACAAACACACAUAGUCGCAGCAUCCCACAUCGAUAAAAUCACUGGAGGGGGACCAAUCAAAGAGAACGAGAACGAAAGAUUGAUGCAGCUUGCACGAGAUAUGGAGAAUUGCGAGAUGAACUUGAACAAACUCGGCUAUCAGGCUGAUAUCAACUCAAGAAGCAACAUGAGUGCUGUAGUCAUGCGUCUCCCAAGAUAUCUUCGUUCGGAGUGGGCCAAAGAGGCACAAAACUCAAGAGAUCGGAGUAAAGAACCAGACUUUGCGCAGCUGACGAGAUUUGUUGUUAAGAAGGCAAAGCUGGCCAACACUGAAUAUGGUCGACUCAUAAGUGCAAGAUCCAACAACGAAAGGCGAAUUUGGCAAGGGGCCUCGAGUGGGCAGGAAUGUGUCGACUUACCUAUCACACGGUUCAAACACGGAGAUAAAGGGACAUUUUGGGGAUCAUUCAAGGCAUGGGAACCCGACGGGCAGACCAAAAUGUUUAUGUUGCGACAGAGAUGGUCACACGAUCGAAAAGUGUUUUAA